AUGGACAACCCUCCCUCCUCAGCAGAAGCCUACGAGGCCACCCACGUCCACUCCGUCUACAACGCCAUCGCGCCGCACUUCUCGUCAACCCGCCACAAGCCCUGGCCCCUAAUCGCCUCCUUCCUCACGGCCCAGCCCCCGGGCGCCACGGGCCUCGACGUCGGCUGCGGCAACGGCAAGUAUCUCCCCGUCAACCCGACGCUGCACAUCUUCGGCUCCGACCGCAGUGAAGAGCUCGUGCGUCUUGCCCGGUCCGAGCGCAGCGGCGAGGUCGUCGUCGCCGACGCCCUGAGCCUGCCCUACCGUGAGCGCUCCGUCGACUUUGUCAUCUGCGUCGCCGUCAUCCACCACCUGUCCACGGCCGAGCGGCGGCGCGAGUGCAUCCGCGCGCUGCUGAAUUGCGUGAGGCCCGGUGGGAAAGUGCUCAUCUAUGCGUGGGCGCUGGAGCAGAGCACCAGUCGCAGGGGGUGGGACGAAGGCUCGCAGCAGGAUGCGCUGGUGCCGUGGGUGAUGCGCUCAAAGGGCAAGCCCGAUGCCACGUAUCAGCGGUAUUACCACCUGUAUCGAAAGGGCGAGCUGGAGGAGGACGCCGAGGCUGCGGGCGGAGUCGUCGUGGAGAGCGGCUAUGAGAAGGAUAACUGGUGGGUGAUAUGUAGCAGUGAGGAAUCAUGA